AUGCUGGACCCUAGCUUAAACUUUCAAAAUGAAGAAUUACCAACUGAUAAGUCUGAUAUGAGUUUGCAGUUGAAAAAUCUUAGGGCACUCUGUCUCCAAUUGUCAACUAAGAGGUUCAAUUCCAUCAUGCAUCUCUUUCUUGAUGGAAAUAAUCUCUUAGGAAGGCUUCCUAAGAAUCUCUUUCAGCUUCAGAAUCUUCGUACGCUGAACCUUCACGAUAAUUUGUUGUUUGGGUCAUUGGAUGCUGGAAUCUUUAACCUUUCUAACCUUGUUGAACUAGAUAUCUCCUAUAAUUCAUUUUCAGGACUUCUUCCAGAUCUUUUUGGGGGUCUUGGAGAGCUUGAGAAGUUCAGUGCUAGCUCAAAUAGCUUCACAGACCAUUUGCCUGCUUCAUUGUUGAACCCCCAGUCUCUUUUAAUUCUUCACUUGCAUAACAACAGCCUCAAUGGUCCAAUCAAUCUCAAUUGUUCUGCAGCAGUUCGUCUUAUCUCACUCCACCUUGAUGAAAAUGAGAAAAUACCUGUUGAUGUGAAUUUUCACUUCAAGAACCUCAAGGCUGAGACUCAGAGAGAUGGUGCAACUUUCAAGUAUAAAGGAAUUUGGAGCUUUCCACCGACUCUAGACUUGAGUUACAACAAGCUCGCAGGUCCAAUAUGGGCAAGUUUUGGGAAUUUGAAAGAACUUCACAUUUUGAAUCUGAAAGAGAAUCCUUUGUCGGGAACCAUCUCUGAUAGUUUCGUUGCUUACAGUCGACCGCAUGGAGAAAUCCCUACAGGUGGCCAGUUCAUGUCAUUUCCACCUUCAAGCUUUGAGGGAAACGAAGGAUUGUGUGGGGGAGACCUUACUCCUUGUCAGCCUCAACAGACUCCUCACGUUCAGCCAGUUGAUGAAGAAAUGACAACCAUGAGUUUGCAAUAUGGACUUGGAGCGGCGACUGGUUUCUUUCUUACUGUUGCCUUUUGCUUCAUAUCUGGCUUGGGUUUUUCCUAA